AUGCUCCCUGGCAAGCUCAGCUUCAAGGUACAGCUUUGACAAUGUUUUUGAUGUAACUGGGAUUUUCUGUAAUUCUGCAUUAAGGACAUUCAUGACAUCACCAAGUCAUCAAGUAAGAAGAAUGAGCCGCGUGGAAGGUCUGAAGGCCAACUCAUCUCAGUUCACUCUGGAGGGAAAGCCCUUCCACAUCCUGGGGGGCUCCAUCCAUUACUUCCGUGUCCCCAGAGCCUACUGGGAGGACCGGCUGCUGAAGAUGAAAGCCUGUGGCCUCAAUACACUUACAACAUACGUGCCGUGGAAUCUGCAUGAACCUGAGAGAGGAACUUUCAACUUUCAGGAUCAGUUGGACCUCAGGGCCUAUGUCAGUUUAGCAGCAGAGAUGGGUCUAUGGGUGAUCCUGCGUCCUGGGCCUUACAUCUGUGCUGAAUGGGACUUGGGCGGGUUGCCUAGCUGGUUGUUACAAGAUAAAGGCAUGCAAUUGAGGACAACUUAUCCCAGAUUUGUAGAUGCUGUCAACCUCUACUUUGACAAGCUUGUCUCAGUUAUCAAACCUCUGAUGUUUGAAGAGGGAGGCCCAAUCAUUGCGGUUCAAGUUGAGAACGAGUAUGGGUCAUAUGCCAAAGAUGAGAAAUAUAUGCCAUUUAUAAAGAACUGUCUAGAGUCCAGAGGGAUCAAGGAGCUCCUGCUGACUUCUGACAACUGGGAGGGCUUGAGAUGUGGAGGGAUGGAGGGAGUUCUAAAAACAAUAAACCUUCAGAGACUGUCGUUUGGAGCUAUCCAGCACUUGGCUGACAUGCAGCCCCAGAAACCCCUAAUGGUGAUGGAGUAUUGGUCUGGGUGGUUUGACGUCUGGGGAGAUCAUCACCAUGUGUUCCACGCUGAGGACAUGCUGGCUGUGGUGUCAGAGAUCCUGGAGAGAGGGGUCUCUAUUAAUCUGUACAUGUUCCAUGGGGGAACCAGCUUUGGCUUCAUGAAUGGAGCGAUGGACUUUGGCACCUACAAACCUCAGGUCACCAGUUAUGAUUACGAUGCUCCUCUAUCCGAGGCUGGAGAUUGCACCUUAAAAUAUCAACUCUUGAGGAAGUUAUUCAGCCAGUACCACUCUGAGCCUCUUCCUGAAGUGCCCUUUCCUCAGGAGAGGAGAGCAUACGACCCGGUUGCCAUCCAGCGGCACCUGUCACUGUGGGACAGCCUGCAAUUCACCGACAAGCCAUUUAGGUCAGAGAGGCCAGUGAACAUGGAGAAUCUGCCUGUCAACAAUAACAAUGGCCAGUCAUAUGGUUACACACUGUAUGAAACCACCAUCCUCAGUGGAGGAACCCUCAACUCCAGGAACAACAUCAGAGAUAGAGCACUGGUUUUUGUGGACAGACAAUGUGUUGGUAGUUUGGACUACAAGACUCAUGAGCUGGCACUCCCUGAUGGGAAGGGAAAGGUGACGUUGAGCUUACUUGUGGAGAACUGUGGAAGAGUGAAUUAUGGGAAAACUCUGGAUGAACAGCGCAAAGGUAUUGUGGGAGACAUCCUUUUGAAUCACGCCCCUCUGAGAGGAUUUACUAUCUUCUGUUUGGAUAUGAAGCCUGGCUUUAUGAAAAGAUUAUUGAGUUCAGGUCAGUGGAAGUCUGACUUCAAGUCGCCCUCCAUUCCAGGAUUUUUCCAGACCAGACUUUGUGUGAAUGGUCCUCCCAGGGACACCUUCAUCAGACUCCCUGGUUGGGGUAAAGGAGCCGUGUUUGUCAAUGGGCAGAACCUUGGACGUCAUUGGUUCAUCGGUCCCCAGCAUUUCCUUUUUCUCCCAGGAGCUUGGCUCAGAAGUGGAGAGAAUCAGAUUAUUGUUUUUGAGGAACAAAAGGCGGAUGACAAAAUACAAUUUGCUGAAAAUCCUGAUCAUGGAAGGACAAUUGAUGUUUACAAACUCCCCUUUUGCACACUGCUUUGAAAAUAAAAACAACGUGCGCGCACACACACACACACACACAAACACAGGAGACAGUGUAUUGAUAGUGGCAGUUAAUAUCAGUUAAAGCUAUUUAUUUACUAACCAUAAUAUUUGCAAUUUAUAUUGUGCAACUGUACAGAUACAUUUUUUCUUCAAACGCUUGGUGAAAUGUUGCAUCUUGCCAUUGAAUCUGCUGCCUUAAAUUCAACAAUGCAACAUCGUCUGGUUUGUCUAUUUUUCUCAUUCAGGAUAAACUUUGCUCUGAUUAGAAAUAAUGUGCUUUGAACCUUUGACAGCGUGACACACACUCUUAAGCUUCUCAUUGGACCAAAGGCUUGUCCUUUACUCGAGCUACGCUCCCUUAUUCACAAAAGACUCCUAACCACCACACACAUGCAAAUCAACAUGAAAGAAAAACUAGUUACCGGAAAUGUCAUCUUGUCCUUCAUAAUAAUAGACAAACAUGUGCUACUAGUCAGCAUAGAAACAUGUCAUGUAAUAUUUUAUUGCCUAUAUGAAUAUAUGAAACUGGGUAUGCUUAGGUUGCGAACAUAGA